GGCUUUUACACCCGGAAUCCACUUCUCCCUACCACUCCUCUACUACCUCUUCGACAUCGUAAAACAUGGCCUCCAACGUCCUCUUCUCCACCAUCACCAGUAGUACCGGCUCUGUCGCUAUCUCUGCCUCCCUUGCUGGAUUCGCCCUCGGUACCUUGUUCGGCUCUACCAAAGAGCCCUUUUCACGCCUCUUUGUACAAAACCAGGGCGCGUUGACGGCCAACACCGCAAGCAAAAUCCCUAACCGUCCUCUCACAAGAACGGAGGUCGAGGAGCUCUUCAAGCCCGGCUCCUGGCAGCGCGAUGCUUACGACGACUACACCAAGGUCCUCCUCGACGAUGACCUCAUUUUCCCCUGCAUCUACGCCACGAAGGGCUACAAAGCUGACGAUCAAGUCUACACAUUCAUCGACUCCGACGACCUUUCCGAUCAGCGCCACAUUGAACAACUCGCCCACAUGCUCUCUCUUUACCUUCCGACCUCUCGCAACCACGGUCCCAACACCUCCCUCGUUCUCCUUGCGAAGAAGACUAACAACCCGAGGCCGAUGGAUGAGUACAACGACGCGUACUGGAAGAUGCUUGACGGCAUCGCAAAGCUGGAUCCCAAGCCAUGGCCGGAGAACAUCCCGAAGGAUAUCGAUACGGACAAGUGGUGCCUCUGUUUCGCGGGCGAGGCGAUGUUCAGUGUCAUUCAGACACCUGCCCAUCAGGUUCGUCGCUCGCGUCAUGCACCGGGGGUCACUAUCGUUUUCCAACCCAAGUGGAUCUUCGACGUCCUCUUCAGCUCCGAAGCUAAACGCGCUGCGUCGUUGGGUAAGGUCAGAGGGUUGCUCAAGAAGUACGACCCCAUCCCGGUCAGUCCGGAACUGAAGAACUACGGCGACGAGGGCUCUAGAGAGGCGCAGCAGUACUUCCUGUUGGACGAAAACAUCCCGGCGGCCUGCCCAUUCUCGAAACUGAGCUCCUCUUCCGCUGCUCGCUGAUCUGCCAUUGUAAUUUUGCAUGUCUGUAUGCCCAAUAGUUCCGAAGUGCUGUCCUAGGGGAUCUGUAUUGUUUUAUGUUCGUAACGGCAGUCAGCUGUUUCCCAAGCCUAUUUAAUGUACUAGCUAGCUUGAUUUGGUGGUGAACACGAGAUGGUCUGAGAUGGUGCACUUCAAGGUUGAACAUCUUCCAUC